UCAUUAUUCUAUGAUUACAAAUAUAUAAUUUUGUCUUGUUAAAAUUUUACAUUAUAACCAAAUUUGGUGUUUAAAAUUUUUGAAUGAAAGUUAUUAAUAACGGUCGUUUUGUUUAUUAGAGGAAAGAAAAACAUUUUAUUAUACAAAUACCGAAAAUGAGUCAAGGAAUUUCAAAAAAACUUCAAGAUGAAGUUGAUAAAUUCAAACAAGCUCAAAAAGAAUAUCACAAGGCGCUAAAUAAACGACAACAAUUAGAUGGACAAUUAAAUGAAAAUACAACAGUUAAAGAAGAAUUAGAUCUUUUAAAAGCCGAAAAUGAUGUCUAUAAACUUAUUGGACCCGUUUUAGUUAAACAAGAUUUGGAGGAAGCUAAACAAAAUAUUGCCAAACGAAUGUCGUAUAUUUCAUCUGAAUUAAAACGUACAGAUGAUUUGAUUUCGACUUUGGACAAAAAACAAGAGACGUUACGUGCAAAUUUGGAAAAAUUACAACAAACUUUUCAACAACAACAACAGCAGCAACAGCAAAGAAAAACGAAGGCGUAAAUCUUCACAAUUGAACUUAAAAAAAAAAAAAAAAAAAAAAAAAAUUACCACCUUCUUAUUUAAUAAUGAAAUUUUUUUGCAACUAUUGUUCUUAUUUUACAAUAUAAAAUAAAAUUAUAUAUUUAACAAAUUAA